GGGUGGAACCGGAAUUGACGCUUCAGGGGCUAGCUAAGCUCUGGGAGUGUUGAUAUUUUUGCAGUCAGUCCGGCUGACUUCGGCCAACGUAAAAGCCUGGAAGGGAGGCGACUUUAAACUUGUGCGUGGGGCCAGCCACGCUAUUCUGUCGCGUGCCCCCGCCUGCGAGUCAGAGCCUCGGGGGAAGAAGAGCCGGACGGAACCAGCGAAGGGAAAGGCAAGGAACAAGGGUGCCGACUUUGGCUGAAAUCUGAGACGGAGGGCAGGGGAGGGCGACGUCUGCUUCUGAUUGGCCCGUGGUCAUCAUCGAACACCCACGCAACCGCUUCGAUUGGUUGGUGCUCGCAAUUGUUGUGGCGGCAGCGAAGAUUUUGCCCACGUACUUCCGAGCAAGAGGCGGGGCUCUGCCCCGGCGCGCCUGCGCAACGUUCCAGGCCCCACCCGGUAGUUCAAGAACCUGCGAGGGGGCGGGGCGAAGAGGUGCUUGUUUUGGUUCUGUUUCCUUUGAAGCCGUAGGCCGGAACGAGCGUAGCAAUAAAGUUGUUGGACUUGGAGAGGCUACGACAAGCUCGCCGCGGUGCCUUAAUCUUGGACUUCACAUCCGAGUUCUGCCGCGUGACCCGCGUUCUUCCGACGGUUCGAGAACCGGUGCCGCGCUCUCUUUAUCCGGGUCCCGGCGAUCCCGUCGUCCUUCGCGCACCACUGUAGCCCCCCCCCCCCCCCCCCAAUCCGGGUCCUCUCCCAGCGUCCCCCGCGGCGGGUUUGCUGGGGGCUACUCGGCGGUGCCGCCAUGACUAUUCUCCCCAAAAAGAAGCCGCCGCCUCCCGACGGCGACCCCGCCAACGAGCCGCCGCCGCCCGGACCGCUGCCCCCGGCGCCUCGCCGCGGCGGGGGUGUAGGCGUGGGCGGCGGCGGCACAGGUGUGGGCGGCGGCGACCGCGACCGUGACUCGGGCGUCGUGGGGGCCCGUCCUCGGGCUUCGCCACCGCCUCAAGGCCCUCUCCCAGGGCCACCGGGUGCGCUUCACCGCUGGGCGCUGGCCGUGCCGCCCGGCGCCGUGGCGGGUCCUCGGCCACAGCAGGCCUCUCCACCUCCUUGCGGGGGCCCCGGAGGUCCCGGCGGCGGUCCUGGUGAUGCGUUGGGUACAGCAGCGACGGGCGUGGGCGCGGCGGGUGUGGUGGUGGGCGUGGGCGGUGCCGUGGGUGUGGGCGGCUGCUGCUCAGGGCCGGGUCACAGCAAGCGGCGGCGUCAGGCCCCCGGGGUUGGUGCGGUUGGCGGGGGCAGUCCUGAGCGUGAGGAGGUCGGCGCAGGUUACAACAGUGAGGAUGAAUAUGAAGCGGCUGCAGCGCGCAUAGAGGCCAUGGACCCCGCCACUGUCGAGCAGCAGGAGCACUGGUUUGAAAAGGCCUUGCGAGACAAGAAGGGCUUCAUCAUCAAGCAGAUGAAGGAGGAUGGUGCCUGUCUCUUCCGGGCUGUAGCUGACCAGGUAUAUGGAGACCAGGACAUGCAUGAGGUUGUUCGAAAGCACUGCAUGGACUAUCUGAUGAAGAAUGCUGACUACUUCUCCAACUAUGUCACAGAGGACUUUACCACCUACAUCAACCGGAAGCGGAAAAACAACUGCCAUGGCAACCACAUUGAGAUGCAGGCCAUGGCAGAGAUGUACAACCGGCCCGUGGAGGUGUACCAGUACAGCACAGAACCCAUUAAUACAUUCCAUGGGAUCCAUCAAAAUGAGGAUGAACCCAUUCGUGUCAGCUACCAUAGGAAUAUCCACUACAACUCAGUAGUGAAUCCUAACAAGGCCACCAUUGGCGUGGGACUGGGCCUGCCAUCAUUCAAACCGGGGUUUGCAGAGCAGUCCCUGAUGAAGAAUGCCAUAAAAACAUCAGAGGAAUCAUGGAUUGAACAGCAGAUGCUGGAAGACAAGAAGCGGGCCACAGAUUGGGAGGCCACAAAUGAGGCCAUUGAGGAGCAGGUGGCCCGGGAAUCCUACUUGCAGUGGCUGCGGGAUCAAGAAAAACAGGCUCGCCAAGUCCGUGGCCCCAGCCAGUCCCGGAAAGCCAGCGCCACAUGCAGCUCUGCCACAGCAGCAGCCUCCAGUGGUCUUGAGGAGUGGACCAGCCGGUCCCCAAGGCAGCGGAGUUCAGCGUCGUCACCUGAGCACCCUGAGCUGCAUGCUGAGCUGGGCAUCAAGCCCCCUUCCCCAGGCACUGUCUUAGCUCUUGCCAAACCUCCUUCACCCUGUGCACCAGGUACAAGCAGCCAGUUCUCGACAGGGGCCGACCGGGCUACUUCCCCCCUCGUGUCCCUCUACCCUGCUCUGGAGUGCCGGGCCCUCAUUCAGCAGAUGUCCCCCUCCGCCUUUGCAGGUCUGAAUGACUGGGAUGAUGAUGAGAUCCUAGCCUCGGUGCUGGCAGUGUCCCAACAGGAAUACCUAGACAGUAUGAAGAAAAACAAAGUGCACAGAGACCCACCCCCAGACAAGAGUUGAUGGAGACCCAGAGACUGGAGACCAUUUCCCAAUCCCCACCACUCCUGCCCUCUGGUGCCACCCCACCUUCUUUGGCUUUCUUCCCUCUUGCCUUCUUCCUUCUUUCCGCUUCUUUCGCUCCUCCCCACUUCCCUCUGGCUGGCCCACCCCUGCGCACCCUCUCAUCGCUGCCACCACCACCACCAUCAUCUGUCUCUUCGCCAGCUGAUGUGCCCUGUUUCCCCUGCACAGCACCAUCCCUGCAUUCCACAGGGGACUUGGGCAAGGGUGCUGAAGGUAGGCGAGGGGCACACAGAGACAAACCAACUGGCAGCCAGGCAGCCCCAGAGGAGAGACAGCAACGUCUCCCUGCCCCCUAUUCCUUCCAAGAUCAGAAACUUGUCACCCUACCUUCACAAAUGAUACCAGGGAGGUGGGAGGAAGAAGUGGGAAAAAAUCCCCUUCCCAGUACCCUUAUAAGGUCUGAGCCUUCAAUGUUGAGGUUUUUCUUUAUUAAAAUAUACUUUUAUCUUAUAAAAUCAAUCAGUGGUGUAGACAACAGAUUGGCUCUAUGAAGGUGACAUCUCUCUGGUUUGGAGGCAGGUAGGCCACGGGGCACAAAGAUGUGGUUGAGGAACCUGGCCUCCAGCUCUGUGGAGAUGGGCAGGAUCUAGAGUAUAAGCCAGGGUGGGGUGGGAGGGCAGGAAGGGGCAGGUGUCAAGUGGGCUUUGGACAAUGAGACUCUGACCUCGCUGCAUUCCUUAUGCUUCCACCACCACCACCAGUCUUUUUGGAAUCUCAGGGCGGGGGGUACUUUUGAGAAUCAUGGCCGUCGCCCAGGAUUUGAGUGUGGGGGGUGGGAGCAACCUCGGCAGAUGGGGCACCCAUGCCUUGCAGGUGUCAACAAGAUCCACCAUCUGUAAUGUCCUUGGCACAAUAAAACCAAAUGUCAGUUUC